CAUCCCCCCCUCAAGCAGUCACCUCCAAAGGCAUGUGGGAAAAGGGGCGCUGAUCUCCUCUUAACUGCUUCGAGCUGGCAAGGUCGUAGAGAUUUGGGGUUCAUGCCAGGAGGUGAGGCGUGAGGUAUGGGAUUUGGGGAUGGCAGCAGGGCAUCUAAGGGGUGUUUGUCCUGGUCAGUUGUUCCCAGUCAGUUGUCCCAUGUUCUCCAGGCUGAAGGGCAGUUGCGAGUCCAAAGAUUGAAGCCCAGAUCUCGGGAGCAGGUUAAAACCGGGGUGUCAUCCAGGGUGGAGAUGGUGACAGCAGGAAAUGCAUCAGGGGUGCAGAUGGGGUAAGAACCCAUCUAACAAGGAGAAGUAGGAGAAAAUGCUGGGAGCAAAAGAUUGUCAAUAGUAAAAGUGUUAAGUAGCCUAGAGUUUAGCCCUUUCACUCCUAAUUUCCAGGAAAGCCAAUUUCUCCUGGGGUUGGUAUUAAAGGGUGUGGACUAAGAAGUCAGGGUAGGCAAGAGGCCUGUACAUCUAGUCAAGAUAAGAAUACAAUUUAAGCUCUUAGAAAUCUUUUUAACUGUGCUGCCUUUCUUUAAAAAGAGUUGGUUCCUUAAUAAGCAAAGACCUUGAGCCUUCCCCCCACUUUCCCCACUCUUAUGGGGGAGGGGUAGAAGGGGACAGAGGGAGUGCAAAGUAUCUCGGCACCGCCAACCCAGCUUACCGGCCCCUGAGGUGUUGGGAUUGUCCUGGGAUAAAAGGGGAAACAGGGCCAGACUCCAAUUCCCUACCGGGGAGCAGGACGCCGGGGACCAAUUCAGCCCCUGUGGUGUGACGCAGUUCCUCCAGUGUUCCUCCUGCUCGAACUCAGGACAGAGACCGGAGUCUCCUCGGACAGUUUCCGGGACAUCUACAGGCCUAAGUCUGGGAGAGAUUUGUAUUAAAAGGCGCUUCUCCUCCAAGUGUUUUUUUUUUUUUUUUUUUUUUUUUUUUUUUGAGGAGGCAGAAGUUGCCCUGAGAAGAAAAGAGCUGAGAGUCUCAGGUUGGAGGUAAAGGGAAACCGACAAACAGCUGUUAGCAUCAGUGCCAGAAACCUUGAGGUUUGGAUCCCGGAAAAAGUUGAGGAGGGAGCCUGGAGCCAGAGGGAAUGGGCCCUGGGAGCCUCGGACCUCCUCCCCUGGAGGUGGUGACAUUCAAAGAUGUGGCUGUGGACUUCAGCCAGGAGGAGUGGAGCCUCUUAGACCAUUCUCAGAAGGAGUUGUGCAAGGAGGUCAUGCUGGAGAAUGCCUGGAACCUGCUCUUCCUGGGACUUCCAGUUCUCAGAGAAGAUGUGAUCUUUUAUUUUAACCAAAGGGAAGCACCAUGGGUGACAGACCAAGAAGGCCUGAGAAGCUGCCAACCAGAAGGAGAGAUGGAACUUGAAAUGAAGGAAACUACUGCAGACCUAAGCUUUUCUGUGCUAGAAAGUCACAAGCAAAGAUUCAUGAGUGAUAGUCCCUGUGCCUUGCCUUGGAGAGAAAUCUGUGUGGCAUGUGAGAUCGUCGACUCUGGAGAGAAGCAAGGUGGAAUGUCUAGUAAGAGCUCUCCUUUCUCUAAAAGCUAUCAGGGAUUCCACAUUGGAGAGAAACUGUAUGAAUGUAAGCAAUGUGGAAAGUCUUUUACAAAAAAGGGGCAUCUUACUAUACAUCAGAGAAUCCAUACUGGAGAGAAACCUUAUGAAUGUAAGCAGUGUGGAAAGGCUUUUAGAUAUAAAACAAGUCUUAUUGGACAUCAGGGAAUCCAUACUGGAGAGAAACCUUAUGAAUGUAAGCAGUGUGGAAAGGCUUUUGGAUAUAAAACAAGUCUUAUUGGACAUCAGAGAAUCCACACUGAAGAGAAACCAUAUGAAUGUUACCAAUGUGGAAAGAGUUUUAGGCAAAGAGAAAGUCUUGCUGCACAUCAGAGAAUCCACACUGGAGAAAAACCUUAUGAAUGCAGCUAUUGUGGAACGGCCUUUAGACAAAGGCGAAAUCUUACUAGACAUCAAAGAAUCCACACUGGAGAGAAACCAUAUGCAUGUUACCAAUGUGGAAAGGCCUUUAGACAAAGGACAACUUUUACUAGACAUCAGAGAGUCCACACUGGAGAGAAGCUUUAUGAAUGUAACCAAUGUGGAAAGAGUUUUACAGACAAUAGAUCACUUAUUCUACAUCAAUCAAUGCACACUGGAGACAAACCAUAUGAAUGUAAUCAAGGUGGAAAGGCCUUAAAACAAAGGAGAAGUUUAUCUAGACAUCAGAGAAUCCACACUGGAGAGAAACCAUAUGCAUGUUACCACUGUGGAAAGGCCUUUAGGCACAGGGGAGCUCUUACUGUACAUCAAAGAACCCACACUGGAGAGAAACCUUAUGAAUGUAAGCAGUGUGAAGAGACUUUUAGGUAUAAGAAAAGUCUUAAUGUACAUCAGAAAAUUCACACAGGAGAGAAAACUUACGCAUCUAUCCAACAAGGAAAGGGCUUUAUAAAAAUAUGAUUGGCUACAGUUAAAUGUGAAGAAAGGUAAAGAUAUUAAAUUAAGGAGGAAAAUGAAUCAGGUAGAGAACUUUGGGAGAAUAUAUGGUGGUCCUGAUGCCUUUUGUAUUUACCCUUCUCUAGCCAUAAUCCUAAGGGCAUAAGGAAGAAGGAAACAUAAAUGAUGACCAGGCAUAGCAGAUAGUUUCUUAGGCAUAUCGAAUCCUUCUUUUUCACCUGGUCACCUGUUUGAAGGGCAGCAUGGCCGAAUGAAAAGAUCACUAGAUUUGGAUUUAGAGGAUAUGGGUUGAAAUUUGCAUUCUGUAUUUCUGUGUUCUUGGCAAAGUAAUUUCAUUUAAUGGGACUUGGGGCAUUUAUGUUAGAAUUAGGGUCUCUUCUGGUUCUAAAUUCUUUGGGGGAUCUGAGAAGUCAAAGAAGAGCUUGAAGAUGAAGACUACCCUUCCUGCCACUUCUUUCUGGGUCACUGGCUUCAGAUUAGAGCUAAUAACUCAGAUUACUUCACUAAGCCUUCUGCAUAUGACUGAAGUUUGGAGAGGCAGAAAGAUAUGAAGAAUUCUAAAUCUAGAUCAUUGAGUCAUUCCUAAGUGAACCACUCAGCAAUUCCUGUAACAGAUUUCUUUCCAUCUUCAUUCAGACAAAGAAUUAUGUUUAAUUAAGGUGUUUUUAAGAAUUAAAGAUUUCAAUUCUGAGAUUACAGUUUAUAUCCAUCAAAUUGGUAAUAUUGAUGCCAAAAGUUGAAAGCAGCUUAGAGGUCUGUAGGAGUAGAGGAAUAAUAUAAUAAAUGUGUGUAAAUAUGAAUUGGUCCAGCUAUUAUGAAGUCAUUUGAUAUUAGGAUUUGUUAAAAGGUGAUUAAAUGCCCAUCUUUUGUGACACAAGAGACUCCACUAGUCUCCACUAGAACUCAGGUUCUAGCUACAUUAAGAUUGAAGUAUUUUAGUUUGGUCCCAUUUGCUUUGAUAUUUUUUUGGUAUCACAAACAAGUAUAGGUGUGUAAGGGUCCAUUAGAGAGGCCAGGCAAGAGUAGUUAAGAUGUAACCCAGGCCUAUGGCCUGGAGAUCCCUGAACGUGAUUGGCUAUGAGCACAUAGGGACUACCUUCAUGGGUGGGAUCUCCAACCAAGGAAGGAACCCUGAACACUCUGAAAUCGGGUCAGGAAUGGGAAGUGUCUCCAUCUCUGAUCGGCUGUCCCUGUGACCUCAUGGACGCUAUAUAAGGUCAGUGGGCGAGGAGCCCGAUCUUUUUCACCUGGAGCUCUGUCAAGGAGAAGGAGCUAAGAGAGUUCAGGAGACCUGGGUAGGAUGUAAACCAUGUGAAUAAAGUACUUAAGCUUGCCUGCAUAAAUUCUCAGGUGCUCUGUUGUGCUUAAAUUGCAUCCAUAUGAGACAGCAGCCAGAGGAGUUCUGAAGGCCUUAGGAAUAGGUAAGUCUGAUAUUAAUAUAUCAGAGAUUUCUCUGAUGCCUUGGGAAUUAGGAGAGACUGACAAUAGCAAAUGCAAUUAUAGCAUGUUGCAUAGGUGGAAAAGAGAAACAAAAUGGAUACUAUUCAUUUGGAGAAUGGCUAAAAAAGUUGUGGCAUGUGAAUAUAUUGGAAUAUUGAUUGUGUCCUAAGGACCAUUGCAUAUAAAGAACUCAGAGAAUCUUUAGGAUAUGUUAAUUAAGAGAUUGAAGUGACUCAAACCAAGAAAAAAAAAAUUCACUGUAGCCCUCAAAUACUCAACCUAUCAGGGAUCUCUUCCAUUUGAAAUUCCUUCCAACAACAUAGAUGUAUGUCUAUUACUCCUAUGUGACUCUUGCUUAUGUCUCACAUAUGUUCACCACAGAGCAUCCAUCCAACAAGAUGAGGUCCUUCCUGACUUUGUCUUACCAUCUUAAGGAUACUUGUAGAGUCUUGACUACUAUGCUUAAACAAAGGACCCAGGAAGCCUAUAAAAAGAUUCAAGGGAACCUUUAAGGUGCUUGACUUGCCAAACCCCCCUGCCACAGCUGUAAAUCAUAGCACCCCUAGAGAAAGUAAAGGAAUGUUGUAGUAAUCUUUAUCUGAGAGAACUGACUGACUCUAGGAAUGACUCUGACCCACAAGGGCAUUCAGUGGUAAGAGUCUGGACAUCAUAAAACAAAUUUACUGAUGCAGAUGUUGCUUGUGAAAGAAUGUAUACUUUUAUUUUAA